CUCAACUUUGCUUCCACUUCAACCAGUCGCAGGCAGCAGGCUGUGUCGACAAUGGCUGACCAUCUCGACGAUAACGCAACGGCAUCGACGUCGUCCUCGUCCCAGUUUGAGACUUUGCCGCCACGCUCAGAGUACCGCUUCGAGCUUGAAGCAGGGGAACGCUUAUCCAUCCGCCUCGUGCCCGAAUCGGGCGAUGCAGAGAUCUUUGGUGCUUCGCUACUUGCGGGUGAUAAUCGAUGGUACACCUUUGGUGAGGAGGCAAAGGGGUGUGUAUGCUCGUGGAACGGAUGUCAAAUUGAGCUGGCUCCCCCACCAUCUGCCGCCUACUUGUCUCUCGAGCCCUCACCCACCUUUUCCUCUUACGCCAACCUUCAUCUCCACCUCGAGAAAGCAAGACUACGCGCUCGUCAACAGCUGCGGGACGAUGCGCAUCUAAUUGGGGACCUGCGAGCCACAUCUGACGCCCAAGUAGACGAAGGAGCAGAGCAAGACGUCGACCUCUACCGGCCAGAAGGCCAAGGACCACGCAUCUUGCUUCUGGGGCCGCAGUCAUCGGGCAAGUCGAGUCUGGCGCGCUUGCUCUGCAAUUAUGCGCUCAAGAGUCCCGCGACUACGGCUACGGGCCAGGAGGAGAAUGGAGACCAAGGCGCUAACGGAGCCAGUCAACCUACGGGCUGGUGGCCUAUCCUCGUCAAUCUCGAUCCUGGUACAGGCUCUCUUCCCUUGCCCUGCAACAUCUCAGCCUCUCCUCUCUCCCCUCUCCCGCAAGCAGCCCUCGGCUCAUCAACACCAGCCCUGCCCUUUGGCCUCACCACGCCUGUGUCCGGUGCUCUCCCCCCGACAGCCCAUUCCGUCUCCUCUUCAUCGCCCAUCUCCCUCUGGCUCGGUCGCGAACACUACCGCGACGACUCGGCCACAUCCACGGGCGGGGACGAGCAUGGACGCGCCAUUCUUACCAAGCUGGCAUCGCGGCUUGAAGCACGAAUGUGCAGGGAUCCGCGAGCCAGGACGAGCGGCUUCGUCGUGGAUACGGCGGGUACGUCGAGCGCAGAUGCAAAGACAAAGUACGCCCUCAUUAAGGACAUCGUGCGCUUGUUUCACAUCGACCUCGUCCUCGUGCUGGGCCAGGAAAAGGUCACAAUCGACCUCACCCGCAUCUUUGCCAACCAAGCAGAGGGGUUCACCAAUCCACGAGUGACAGUGCUCAAGCUGCCCAAGUCGGGUGGGGUGGCAGAGAUUGACGAAGAGGCCAAAGCGCGGCUGAGGGCCAAUCAGGUGCGCACCUACUUCUAUGGCGGGAGUGGGACGAAUGGCGCCACCAAGAAGAAGGCGGGUAAAGACGCGGGCGUCGAUGAGGGCGAGGCGGCUAGCAAAAGCAAAGCCGCGGAUGGAGAUCGUGGGACCGACUCUCUGGCUGGCCUCCCGGCGUUGAAUCCUUACAGUCAGACCAUCCCGCUCGACCUUCUCGAGGUGUAUCGCGUAGGCCAAGAGAGCAUGGCCCCAUCCUCCGCUCUCCCCAUUGGAGCCUCACGCGCCCUCUCGGCCUCUACGCUCACCCAGCUCGACCCACUCAACUCAGCAGCAGACCAAGCCUCGCUCCUCAACGCAGUCCUCGCCCUUGUGGACCCGCCUGGCACGCAAGGGGGUGGAGGCAAGGGUCAGAAGGACAGCGAGGUUUGGAUGGGCGAGUUGGGCGAAGAAGAGGGGAAACGAAGAUUAGGCACGCAGACUGUCCGCGGGUUUGUACACGUUCAGAGCAUCGAUGUCGCCAAGAAGAGGAUGACCGUGCUCAGCCCUACGCAGGGGAGGUUGCCCACAAAGACGGCGUUGUUGGGGACAUUGGAUUGGCAGGAUGCGUGAGCGGUGCGUGCGUGGACGAGAGGACAAGCAGGCGAUGGUUGAUCGGAGGCAAUGUCUAUGCUAGAUGUCAGAUUAGAAGAGGAGAGGUGCAAAGGAGCGAGAGAAGGCGCGGCUGUACAAUGCGCUCCCCUUUGCUUGCAAGUCAUUACGAAUCCGCCAUCUCGAUGCAAUCCAGUCUAUCUACCCCUUCGUCGUUCUACGCAGCCGCGCCCACUGCUUUCCCUUGAGCCCUUUUAGCCUCCUCAGCCUCCUGCGCCAAAAAGCGCUGUCCUAAUGCGCCACCGGGAUGGUUCUUAGCAAAUUCUCUCUCCCCCAGCCCGAGAGCCUUCGCACAGCUGAGCACCAACGAAUCGCCCAUCGCGAGUGCCGUGGUCGUACUACUGGACGGGGCAGGCAAGCAAGGGUCCGCCUCAUCCGUUCCC